AUGCGUUUACCCAUUUCAUUAACUAUAUUUAUAAGAGGGCCCAUGAUCAUGAAAGGUUAUGUUAGAGAUAAAGAAGCAACUGCUGCAACUAUGGAAUCUGAGGGGUGGUUAAAGACUGGUGAUCUCUGUUAUUUCGAUUAUGACGGUUUCCUUUUCAUUGUUGACCGAUUAAAAGAAUUAAUCAAAUAUAAGGCUUAUCAGGUCCCACCAGCUGAAUUAGAGCGCUACCUUCAAUCAAUCCCAGAUGUUGUAGAUGCUGCUGUGAUUCCAUAUCCAGAUGAAGAAGCUGGGCAAAUUCCCAUGGCGUAUGUGGUGAGAAAACCUGGAAGCAAAAUCUGUGAGGCCCAAAUCAUGGAGAUAAUUGCAAAACAGGUAUCACCAUACAAAAAGAUUAGAAAAGUUGCUUUCAUAAACGCAAUUCCGAAGACCCCAGCAGGAAAGAUAUUGAGAAGGGAGUUGGUUAAGCAUGCUUUAUCUGGUGCUUCAUCUAAAUUGUAAUCAGUUAUAGUUCAUCACUAUUUGUUUAAUUCUAGAUAAAUUGUUUUAUAAGGUGGUUUCUUAGAGUAAACUUCCAAUAUCGUAAUUAUUUUGCUCUGAUGGACUACUACAUACAUUGUGUGGGACAAAUAAUUUGUUCAUAUUGUUCCAAGGAAUUCGUUGUCCAAUCUUGUUUGUAUAUAGAUUGGGCUACUUUGAUUUCCUGA